ACACACACACACAGACAAAAUACACAUGCCUGACCACGUAAAGUAUAAGUAGAGUCGACUCCAGUGUCCAGUGCAGACAGUUUUCGGAGACUACAGACAUGCUCAGAUUCCUUCUCUUCACUUCUCUCGCAGCCUUAGUGCUGGCUGAGCUGGAGCCUCAGCCCAGGUACUUGGAGGAUGACAGCGCUGAAGAGAGAGUAGUGGGAGGUGAAGUGGCGAGAGCGAACUCCUGGCCCUGGCAGAUUUCUCUUCAGUACAUGGGUAGUGGCAACAACUACUACCACACCUGUGGAGGAACCCUGAUCAGGAGGGGAUGGGUCAUGACCGCGGCCCACUGCGUUGACAGCCGCAGGACUUGGCGCGUUGUUGUCGGAGAGCACAACCUGAACUCCCAAGAGGGCAGAGAGCAGUACAUGGGUGUGAGCCAGGUCUACCUCCACCCCAGGUGGAACUCUGCUAGUGUUGCUGGAGGUUAUGACAUCGCACUUCUGCGCCUGUCCUCUGAAGUCACCCUGAACAACUACGUCCAGCUUGGUGCCCUCCCUCCUUCUGGUCAAGUCCUGCCCCACAACAACCCCUGCUACAUCACUGGAUGGGGACGCACCGCAACUGGAGGUCAGCUCUCCGCCCAGCUGAAGCAGGCCUACCUGCCUGUUGUUGACCACAGGACCUGCUCCAGCAGUGGAUGGUGGGGCUCCACCGUGAAGGACACCAUGGUCUGUGCUGGUGGUGGCAGUGAGUCUGGUUGCCAGGGUGACUCUGGUGGACCCCUGAAC